AUGGCUCUUGUAGAGACUCCCGUGGGAGAUGUUCCCUUCUCAAAUCCCCGACAUGUUCCCGAGUCGAUCCAGCGUAUCUCUGAGCUAAAGGACGCGACUACUGUGACAGUGGACAACGAUGCCAAUUCCACCGUGGAGGAAAAUAGCUCAACCUUCGAGCUGGAGGAGCAUCCAGUUGAUGAAGUGCGACCCAUCAAAGUUGGUAUUAUCGGAGCCGGUCUGGCAGGAAUUACAGCCGGAGUGAUGCUCCCCACGAAACUGCCCGGACUCGAUCUGCGAAUCUAUGAUAAGAAUGCCGAUGUGGUCGUGGCUAACAUCAUCAGGUUUGAGAAUGUAUACCCGGGUGUUCGCUGUGAUAUUCCUGCACAUGCCUACCAGUCCAAUAUCUCGCCGAAUACACAAUGGACCGAGGAGUUUGCCCAAGGCAAGGAGAUUAGAGACUAUUGGCAGGGUGUUGCACGCAAGCACAAUGUCUAUCAAUAUCUCCGUGCAGGACAGAAGGUCCAAAAGGCUGAAUGGAAUCCCGAGAAAGGGAAAUGGAACGUCACCAUUGAAUACGUGGAUGGCUCCAAGAUAUACGAAGAAGAACUGGACGUUGUAAUCAACGCCAUAGGCCAUUUUAAUGCCUGGAAACUACCCGACUAUGAGGGUAUCAACAACUACCAAGGAGGUCUCUUUCAUUCUUCCAAUUGGGAUCCCAGUGUCGAUCUGAAGGGAAAGCGAGUGGCUCUCAUAGGCAACGGUGCUUCUGGUCUUCAGGUUCUCCCAUCAAUCCAGCCACUCGCCAGCCAUGUCGACCACUUUGCCCGGAAUCCGACCUGGAUCGCCGAUUCAUUCAGCAGCGGAAACGUGGGAGUCCGCCGUCUGGAGCCAAACCUCUUCUCCGAGUCCCAAUUGGAGACCUUCAAAGACCCCAAAGCAUACCUGGAGUACCGACGCGACGUCGAGAAAGGCUACUUCCAACGCUUUGGGGCAAUUUUCAAAGAUACGCCAGAAAAUAACAGCCUCAAGGAGAAAUGGACAAACCUCAUGCUCCAACGUGUCAAAGAAAAGCCUGAAUUAGGUGACAAAAUUGUCCCAGACUUCCCACCCAACUGCCGCCGCCCAACACCAGGACCCGGCUACCUCGAAGCCCUAUCCCAGCCAAACGUCGACUACAUCCAAACGAAGAUUAAGAACUUCACACCAACCGGCAUAGUCACAGAAGACGGCAUAGAAAGAAAAGUCGAUAUAACAAUCUGCGCAACAGGAGCAAACAUCGACCACGCACCCCCAUUUUCCAUAAUAGCCAACGGACUCGACCUGAAAACCGCCUGGAAGCGUGACGGCCACUUCGGCUUCCCAUACUCGUACCUCGGCUUCGCAACGCCAGGCUUUCCAAACCUCCUCUGGCUAGGCGGGCCCUACUCCUCCGGCCACAGCGGCACCGUUCCCAACAGCAUCGAGAACCAAGUCACAUACAUCGCCAAGGUGCUCCGCAAGCUCCGCAGCCAGGGCAUCAAAUCCAUGGCCCCAUCCAAGGCCGCCACCGAUGAUUUCGUCGAAUACUGCGACAAUUUCUAUCCGCGGACGGUCUGGUCCGCGAAUUGUAGCUCCUGGUAUAAUGGCGGCAAGCCCGGUUCCAGGAUUCACGGAUUAUUCCCCGGCAGUGCAUCGCAUGCCAAUUACAUUCGGCGGGAUCCGCGCUGGGAGGAUUGGGAGUAUUCUUAUGUGGGAGCUAGUGGGAAUCGUUUUGCUUGGUUUGGGAAUGGAUGGACUACGAAGGAGAUUACGCCUGGAGCGGAGUUGACGCCUCAUUUGAGAUUGCCGGAGGAGUUGGAUUUGAAGUCUUAUAUGGAGGGCUGGUGGGAUGUGUAA